GAAGGCAGCAUCAGUGGUGUGGUCUCGCGGGCAGCAGCUCGGUCAGGUCAGGACAGCGGAACGGCGUCAUUUCAGUUUCACGCACAUCAAUCACGCUGACAUCGAAGUUUUUGGUGAAAGUGUUGUUCGUCUCGAAAUAAAUACACAAUUAACGCGUGAAAAUGGCCGGUGAUUCGUGGGCGGCUGCGGUCGAUUAUCAAGAAGCUACAACUUCAUCCGCACAGUUUUCUCGGCUUGACUCAUCAAAGAAUAAGGAUCCAGUCCGAGAGCCACGUAACGUUAGAGAAGACAUAAAUGGCAACAUGGAGGAGAACGAAGAUGACAGCUGGGUAACAGACGGGGACAAAUUGGACCUGGCUGAACAGUCCCUGUUGAAUAAGCUGAUCCGCCGGUCUCUGGUGUGGAGCUCAAACCAGGUGGAGAUCCUGCAGCGGGACCCCGCCUCUCCUCUGUUCUCAGUGAAGACAUUUGAGGAGCUGAGACUGGCACCUGAGCUGCUGACGGGAGUGUAUGAGAUGGGUUUCAACAGACCUUCAGGAAUCCAGGAGAGUGCUUUGCCCAUGAUGUUGGCAUAUCCACAUCAGAAUCUGAUCGCUCAGUCGCAGUCUGGCACGGGUAAAACUGCUGCUUUUUCUCUGGCCAUGCUCAGCCAUGUAAACUCAGCCAACAAGUGGACUCAGUGCCUUUGCAUCUCGCCAACAUACGAGCUGGCUCUGCAGACUGGUCAAGUCGUCAAGCAAAUGGGGAAGUACUGUUCUGAUGUGAAACUGGCUUAUGCCAUUCGUGGCAGCAAAUUGGAGCGAGGCACCAAGCUGAAGGAGCAGAUUGUCAUUGGAACUCCAGGCACAGUCCUCGACUGGUGCACCAAGUACAAGGUCAUUGACCCCAAGAAGAUCACCAUGUUUGUGCUGGACGAGGCCGAUGUGAUGAUCGACAUACAGGGUCAUCGGGACCAGAGCAUACGUAUCCAUAGACAGCUGAAAAAGGACUGUCAGAUGCUCCUUUUCUCUGCAACCUUUGAGGAGUCAGUGUGGAGAUUUGCAGAGAAGUUGAUUCCUGAUCCCAAUAUCAUCAAGCUGAAGCGUGAAGAGGAGACGCUGGACAACAUCAAGCAGUUCUACGUGCUCUGUAAAAACAAGGAGGCCAAGUUCACAGCACUGUGUAAUCUGUAUGGCACCCUUACCAUUGCACAGGCCAUGAUCUUCUGCCAAACUCGCAAGAUGUCUGCUUGGCUGAGUGAUAACCUGAUGAAAGAGGGCCACCGGGUGGCAAUGCUGACCGGGGAAAUGACCGUGGAGCAGAGAGCCGCCGUCAUCCAACGCUAUCGAAACGGCAAGGAGAAGGUGCUCGUCACCACAAACGUGUGCUCCAGAGGUAUUGACGUUGAACAAGUGUCACUUGUGGUCAACUUUGACCUCCCGGUGGACAAGGAUGGGAAUGCCGACAAUGAGACAUACCUUCACCGGAUUGGCCGCACAGGACGCUUUGGCAAAAGAGGAUUUGCUAUCAAUAUGGUUGACAGCAAAAGUGGCAUGGAUAUUAUCAGUCAAAUUGAGAUCCAUUUCAACAGGAAAAUCACCAAACUUGACACCGACAAUCUUGAAGAACUGGAGAGCCUGAUGAGCUGAAUGCUUCAAUGUGUGCACGACCCAGUACUGAAGCAGUUAGACGUGUUACCUCAGAUACGACUUGAGUUUUUUUCAAGGGUUUAUUUGUUUACAUUUUAUUGUUUGUAUUUUAUUGUUUGCAGAAAAGAGACGCACACUAAUGGUGAGUAUGCAAUUAUAUUCCACGGCAGUAAUUUGUGCCAAAGUUUAACUUGAUGUGACCGACUUUGAUUGAUAACUGAAGUCACCUUAAGCCUUUAAGAUGUCUCCUAGACGCCGAUCACUGGCUGUUAAACAGCAUUUACUUGAUAAUACUACUAUUGAUAGUUUGCAGUGUUGUGUUUUGUUUUGAUGUUUGUGACUAUGUUUGACACUGAGGUGAAUUAUGAUUGUAGGAUUUAGGAGUUUCAUUUCAUGGCUUGCUCAAGGUUGAAUUCAGACAAAAAAUAUACUUGAGUUACUCAAAGCAUUUGAAGGGUCAAAGGCACAUUUCAGCCGUUCGGUGGCAGCUGACAGAUUCUUCAUAACUUAAUUUAAUGUUCUGUCAGACUGUGAAGCCAGAGCUGUUGCUCAGUUUUUGUGAGAACUGAAAGAAUAAAUACUGUCGCAUCUAAAA